UAAAUUUGCGGUUAAAUCAAAAAACUUCAUUUUGAGUUCAAUGAAUGUUUUUGUUUUGGAUGACGAUUUAUCUUGAUUUUGAGUUGUUCUCCUUUUCUUUCUUUGAAAGUACCCAAAGCCAAGUACUUUAGCUGUACUGUAUUUUGGAUGAAAAAACAAUUCACGUCAUUCAUUUGUAGUCUUAUGUUGCCACGACAGUGAGUGUUUAAACAUCAGUCUCUGAAUAAGAAAGCGGAAAUUGUGAGAAAAUUAAAAUGGACCAACUAAAAGCUAAACUUGACGACAAAAGUUACCGUAAGCUCACUGCUAACCUUAUCACGGAUGAAAUUCUUAAAUACCUUGAUGGCGGUGACUUGACAGAAUUAGGCAUAUUGGAGAUGGGCCCUCGUAAGAUCAUCCUCAAUGUUAUUUCUAAAAUAACAGCACAACAAGAGCGUGAGAUCCCAAAGGAGAACGAAAAUUCGGAACAUGAAAAGACCAUACAAUCUAUUCUGGCCGACGAACCAAAACUCCAAAGAAUGCUAAAGCUUCUCACCGCUGGUUCCAUUCCUGCCACUAACGAGCUGUUGAAAAUGAAUAGAGUUCUCACAAAAUUCUAUUUCGAGCGGAUGAUUCUGGAAGAGAAAAGAUAUCCGUCAUGGGGUGAGAAGCAAGAAUUGGCAAUCAAGAUUAUCGAAGCCUUUCCACAGCUGGAAAAAACACGAGUGAGUGCUAAUGCUCCAAGAGAGUCGUAUUUCUUCUGGCGAAACAAAGGCCUUGGAAAAGGGCCACAUUCCGGAAUCAUUGAAACACGCGUGAGCAAUAUGCGUAAAGAUUUACCCUCGGAAGAACGACUUUUCCAAAGGCCAAAGCAAACGAUCAUAGUGUUGCCGGACGGAAUUCAGGAGCUUGCAUCCUACGUGGCAACAUUGACUCCGUCUUUGCAGAACGUCAGGGAGAUAUCUGAAAAAAUGUCACAAUGCACGAUCUUGCACCAAUGGCUACUUAGAGAAACAGAUGUCACUAACUCCUUGAUAAAAACCUUUCCACACUUUCUUGCAUAUAAUGGACUCAUGGUCCAACAAGCCUUCGAACGGCUUCAUCCAAAUGCAAUCAAGGAUUGUAGUAUGGAUUCUUUUAUGCAGCUUGGAAUUCUUAUGGAAAAAACGAAUAGAACGUGGUAG